GGGAAACCUCGCCUCCUGCUCCGCGUCCCCCGAGGCUCGCACCUCCCCCAGCCCCCACUCCCUUCGUCAAAACCGCGGAGGGGCGAGAGGGACGAAGUGGCCUCCCCUCCCCUUCCCUCCCGUCGGCUCUUCGCUCCAACUCCUCCUCGGCUCCUCCUCUCUCCUGCCGCUAUUGCCAUUGGGCGGGGGGCUCUUGUCUCGACUCGCGGGUGACGUCGAGGCUUCGGGACGGACAUAGAUUGAUAGGACCUGCCGACUCGGUGGCGUCUGCGAAUUUCUAGUGGGCAGCGGCUCGCGCUGUGGUGGUGUGGCCGCUAGCCGGUGCCUUACGAACCUGCGGCGGCGAUGGGCCAGGACCUCGUCGAGAUCCACCCGCGCGAGCUCCAGUUCACCUUUGAGGUGAAGAAGCAAAGUUCAUGUGCUGUUCAUCUAGUCAACAAGUACAACAAAUAUGUUGCUUUCAAGGUUAAAACAACAUCUCCUAAAAGAUAUUGUGUUCGACCAAAUACUGGAGUUAUCCUUCCUAUGAAGACAUGUGAUUUCACAGUUACAAUGCAAGCGCUGCGUACUGCUCCACCAGACAUGCAAUUAAAAGACAAGUUUUUGGUGCAGACCACAGUUGUUCCUGAUGGUACAUCAGAUGAUGACCUCAUUCCUGCUUUUUUCUCCAAAGAAACCGGCAGAUACAUUGAAGAAAGUAAAUUGAGAGUUGUCCUUGUUAGUGCAUCCGAUCCUCUUGAAGAGCAACCGAUUAAUGGAGUUCACAACAGUGAACCAGCUGUUGAAGUUCCUGUACUAAAAGAGAUGCCCAAUAUAGAGAAUGAAGUUCCGGCUGUUGCGAAAGAGGUUCCUCCCCCUCUGGAACAAACUCCAGCAAUUGUUACUGAAAUACCUUUGCCUGUCAAAGAGACUCCAGACCUUAGAGAAGUUCUUGUGCCACUGAACGAAGCACCAGCUGUUUUGACAGAAUCUCCUUUGCCUCAAAAAGACGCCCCUACUAUUACGAUUGAACAUGCCCCUGCUAUUACAAUUGAACAUGCCCCUGCUCUUUUGAAUGGAUCUCUUCCACCUUCGAAACAAAACACUGCAGCUUUUAAGGAAUCCCCUCCUCUGGAGGAAAUUCCUAAAGAAGCUAUUAUGCUAAGUGAUCGAGGACUUUUCAAUGUGCAGAACCAUCAACUAUCUCAUGUAACAGAAGAUGUUCAGAAUCUGAAGUCAAAGCUCAACAAUCUUGAGUCAAAAUUGGAAGAGGCUGAAAAGAUGAUAAUAAAGCUAAGAGAAGAGAGCAGAACUACCACCCAGGAGCGGGAUAAGUUACAGCAAGAAAUGGUAUUUCUAAGAAAGAAGGGAACCCCCAGGAAUCAAGUUGGUUUCCCCUUGCUGUUUGUGGUGUAUGUGGCGCUUCUUGGUACAUCACUUGGUUACCUUCUGCAACUAUGAGUACUUUUUGCGCAAAAAUCAGCAUAUGGGAUGCUUCAGUUUGUGGCAAGAGUUGAAGGGCAGUUGCACUCAGAAAUCUUGGAGAGGAGCAUUUCUUAGCAAUUAGUUCAGAUGGUUUUGCAUAUAACAAGGGGUACCGAACUACCAGUUGCCUGUAUGUAUAGAACAUUUUUUUUACGUUGUAUAGAACCAUCCAAAAGAUGCCUGCUGCCUUGUAGACUAACCUGGGAUUCUUCCAGUUGCCAUUUUUUUUACAGUUUGCUGGAUUCGGUUAUCCUGAAUCGUUACAAUCUUUGUGUUAUUUACCCUUGGUUUGUGCCAGUUUGUGAACUACCAGAAUCAGGUUGUCUUUGGUUUGACAUUUUGGCUUUUAGAGGCACAAAAACCGUGUAUCAAAAUAGGAGUCAGGAUCAUUUAAUUGGUGUCGAAAUACCAACCUUACGACAGUACAA